AGGUAUUUGAUUUCAAAGAAAAAACAAAAUGAGCCGCUGUCGAAACCGUGGAGAGCGAGUGAUACUGGGUCAGGUCCCUGAGCUUGUGUAGGAAGAUGCCUCGUCCUACAAUUAUCUCCGACAUUUAUAGAACUUGAUGGUGCCAGCCAGUAACUAGACCAAUAGAAGCUGGGCUGGGCUCUUUGGCUUUAAAUAGAAUCAAGAAUCCGAACUGAUGAGUGUUAAUCAUAAAUCAGAUUUGAUUCAGCCAAGAGCAGCUACUGAGAAUAAAGCAAGAGUGAAUGAGAGCGAGCAGCACAGACACACGCUUCCAUUGGCUGUUUGAACACUAGAUCCCUUGAAACCGCUUUUCAGAUCCGAUUCCAAGGGAUUACUCCUCGUGGCGAGUCAGUAAAGUGGAAGAAACCGGUUCCAGAACACGGACAAAGGAAAGCGGGCUAAGACAGACCAGGAAAUGAUGGCUGCCUGGUUACUCAGCUCCAUACUGCUGCACCUUGGACUGCACUCUGCCCUGGGCACCAAACCUGCCUGUAGGAUCCGGAUCACAUCGCCAGGACUCGAACUACUUCGAUCAGAAGCACUGAAGUUUGUUGCUGAAGAGCUGGAAAAUAUCUCCAUAGGGGAUUUUACUGGGCAGCAAGGGCCAUUGCGCUACUCUAUCAGUGGAGUGCACAUCACUGACCUGGAUCUCUCGACUGCCUCUCUGUCCUUCCACCCUGACGCGGGUCUACAAUUCGAGGUGAAGAACUCAUCGAUCAGUGUCGCCUUCCACAGGGACAUGCUGUACUGGCUGAUUCAGGAUGUCGGUCAGAUUAAUGCCUCUGCCGAAGGAGCGAAUAUCUGGACGGUGUUAAAUCUGUCCAAGAGCCAACAUGGGCAGCUGAGGAUCAGCAAGGUCUCCUGCACCGCUUCGAUUGCAAGAAUGCACGCUAAGUUUACUGGAAGUUUCAGGGGAUUUUAUGAAUUAGUCUCCAGUCUCCUAAUGACAGGUUUGCGAUUCCUGAUAAACCAGCAGAUUUGCCCGGCCUUAGAACACGCAGCACUGGUGCUGCUAAACUCUCUGUUGGCGACAGUCCCAGUGCGAAUGUCAGUGGAUCCAUACGUGGGGAUCGAUUAUUCGUUCCUCAGUGACCCAGAUGUGCAAACUGAUUGGAUGGACAUGGAAUUCAAGGGGAUGUUCUACCCUCUGGACAAUGAGAACGAUACUCUGGUGAACAAUGCAAUCGUGCCUCUGGUGAAGAGCAGCCAGCGGAUGGUGUAUAUCUCUGUGUCUGAGUACUUCUUCGAUUCUGCCAUGUACUCCUAUUAUAAGGCUGGCAUUCUGAAGACCGAGAUUCCCGAGAGCAAGAUGUCCGUUGAUCUUGCUUACUUGCUGAGAACAACAUUCUUCGGAGCGAUCAUCCUGCUGGCCCCAACCUCAUCAGCUAAGGAGGCUCCUCUGCUAUUGGACUUGGAAGUGACAUCAGCUCCUCACUGCACCAUCAAGCCAUCGGGGAUCACUGUCAGUGUUAGCGCCCUCAUGAAUGUCAUUCUCCUUCCACCAAACUCGAAACCAGUCAUGCUGUCCAGCAUAAUCAUGGAAUCAAGACUGAAUGCCAAGGUGUCUCUGAAGGGCAAGAAUCUUGGAAUGAAACUGGACCUCAAAAGAUUCAAGAUGCAUUCAUCAAAGUCCACUCUGGAGUCACUGGCACUGAUUCCUCUCCAAACUCCAAUGAAGGCUCUGCUGCACUUUACUGUCAUGCCAAUUAUCAAUGCACGGACUCUGGAAGGAGUGCAGAUCCCUCUCCCGGAAGGAAUUGACCUGAUCAAUGAGACGAUGAGAAACCACAUGGGCUUUCUGUCAAUUGGAGCGGACUUACAUUUUUACAAAGGCCUGAGGGAGGUUAUUAAUAUGAAUAAGCAGAUACUCUCUUCAAACAAUACAACUGUCAGCAACUAGGCUCCAUUUUUGAGAAGAAUGAAGACCUCCGCAUAGGAUGCAAAGAUCCUCAGCUCUAUUAUUACUUAAUCAUUACUCUUGUAUUUUAUUAACCUAACACUGGCCUGUAGAUCUGUGCACUUUGUCUUAACAAGUCUUGGGGAUGAUUUUCCCUCGCCUUGGGCAAGUGUAGAGACAAACAGUUCAAGCGUUUAUUUGCACACUGGACAAGAAUCCAAGUCUAAGGUGCUGAUUAUUUAUUAUUAUCUUCUGAUUGGGUUUCAUCUUUAUAAAUUGAUGAGUUGCUCUCACUUAACACUGCGGCACACCUUACAAUGGUAACACCAUCUCCGAAUCCCGAACUCAUCCUCUGGUACAGUAGACUCAGAGUAAAGGGCCACAAUUCACAGUUAGGUGACAGUCUAGGGAUCCUAUAUCAACAUUUCAUCACAAUGCCAGGACAAUUACCAUUUACAAUGGGGCUGGUCAAAAAUGUGGCUCAUCAAGCGUAAAACCAACCUUGUAACUCAGUGUUAGAUAGAUUACAGUAAAAUUCACAUCAAGAGACUCUGGAAGAAUACUCACUGUAUAAAUGAAGCAAAACACACCCUCUUUGGUAUGCAUACUGUUAUCCUUAGCUGCAUGUUCAAUGUCAUAUUUUAAUACUGAAUAUUAAAGACAGCUAGAAAUUAGUUAACUAAUUAAAACAAUGACCUCCUAACAUAGGAAUAUGUCAAAUUAUUGGACCUGAUUUCUAGUGUGUGGGCCUGAAGGCAUUGCUUCAUUCACAGUCUGUUGUUAAUGGAGACAUAACUUAGUGAACGAUACUUAUCAGAAGCUUUAGAUUCCCUACCUUGUGGAAACAGGCCCUUUGGCCCAGCAAGUCCACACCGCCCCUUGAAACACCCCCCCAGACACAUCUCCCUAUAACCCUCACACCCCUGAACUCUACAGGCAAGUUAGCAUAGCCAAUCCACCUAGCCUGCACAUCUUUGGACUGUGGGAGCACCCAGAGGAAACCCACGCAGACACGGGGAGAAAGUGCAAACUCCACACAGACAGUUGCCCGAGGGUGGAAUCGAACCCGGGUCCCUGGUGCUGUGAGGCUGCAGUGCUAACCACUGAGUCACUGUGCUGCCCCAAUCAGCUCUGCCUCAAUCAGCUGCCCAUGAAAUCCCUGAGCCAUCUCAGUUUUCUGUACAGAAGGAUGUCUUUCUCUGGAAACUUUCAGGUCAGGGAGGAGAUGGCUUGACCCUUGAUAGUCAACUCUGUGUGAAAUAUCACUGUUGUAGGUUUUGAUCAUGAAUAGAACCACUGAAGUUCCACAGUGAAUUCCAGUCCCCUGCCAUAACUCCAGGAAUUGGGGAAAACCCUCUCCCAUAUAAUUACCAGGCCAUACUGAACAAUGUGUCACACAUACACAUGCACUUUUCCUUAAUCAAGAGAAAAGGCAAGACCCAAGCAGAAAUUUGUUCGGCCAGUAUGUUUUCCCCUGUUCAUUUUUGGCCUUUUAGUUAAUUUCUUUCCUGCAUUUCUCAUUUCUCAACAUGAAGGAUGUCAGGACAACAGAAUCAUUCCCACUUUGAGGACUCACAUCAACUCCAGUAACUAUUUGUCAUUGUUCCAGUUCCCACAACAACCAUAAUUUGCCAUCACUCUGAGUGAGAUUUAGUGCCAAUUUAAGCACCAGCGUCAGGCUUAACCCUACUGAAACCCAUAACACGUAGAACACGCAAACAGCCAACAUAUAGCAGAAACUUCCAUCAAAUUGAGGUUACAAAGAUCAAGGACUAUCUUCAGCCCUUGCUUGACUAGGGGAGUGGUAUGCAGAGAUGUUAAAUGGAUGUGUCAUACAUUUGAUGUAAUGGGUACUUACAGGUAGAAUAUUACAUGUUGUUAAUGAUGCUGGUCAUAUCAUACCAACAGAAAGUUCUGUAGUGUUUCUGAAUAAGUUAUUCCAAAUACUAGUUGUAUGGACAGCCAUUCGAAGUGUAUUCGGUGUAGUAGUAAACCAUUUAGUAUUACAGUGUGUGUUAAUUGCACAUAGUGGUGUAACCUAUGUGCUUCGACGCAUAUAGCAUUGUCGGUGAAGACAGAGGUGCACCGAUGAUGUUACCUAGCAGAGUGACAGAAUGUCUGCAUCCAAACACACCGGCUCAGCGAGCAAGUCUACAACCUCAAUCCACAACCCGAGCUACAAGCCUUUUCAAAAAUGGGGUAACCAACUCUUAUAUAUUCACACACUUCUGUACUUCUUCCAAUGAACAAUUGUAUCAUUAGCUGUUUAAUAAAGACAGUUGUAUUGUCAGAAAA